AUGGCGUCUGCAGCAACGCAAAAGGGUUCUGUAACUUCACUUGCAGUAAAGGGAAGCCUAUUCUAUGUGGGUUCUCAGAGUGGCCCCAUUCUCAUAUACGAGAAAGCCAUGGAUGGGUUUCUUGAGUUUGCUCAACUACACUGUAAGGCCCCCGUAAAGACACUUGCUAUUGGGGAAAACAGGCUCUUUGGGGAACUACAGGACACCAAGCUGAAAGUGUGGAGUCAUCAUUCGGACAAGAGUUUAAAACUAUUGACAAAACUCCCCACUGUACAGGACCGUAUUGUAAGGUCCAUUAAACCUGGCAGCUAUGUGCAGACUCGACGCCAUCACAAGAAACUCUGGAUCAAACAUGCCGACGCUGUUAGCUGCCUAGCACUUUGCUUGGAGGAUGACCUCUUGUAUUCUGUGUCGUGCGAUAAGACGGUGAAAGUGUGGAGGUUAUCUGAUUUCAAAUGCGUGGAGUUCAUCCGCGCUCACGAGGACGCCGUGAAUGACAUUGCUUGUGCAAGGAAGGGAGGAAUUUUCUUCACUGCCUCUGCCGAUGGCACCGUUCCGGUGUGGAGGAGUGAUCACCGUGAUCAUCAUCGUCAUCAUAGCGAUCAUCGUGGUGAUGAUCGUCUUGUGGCCACUCUUGUUCAGUCUAGAGAAGACGCUGUGAAUUGCUUGGAGUUGAGCCCGGACGAGUCCAUCCUAUACAGUGGAACAUCGGCGGGCCAGAUCAACUACUGGAUUGUCGAUACAAGUCUCCAAAAAUUUAACAAAGGGUCUUUUUUGGCUCACAAACGCUCCGUUCUUUGCCUCACAACCCUACAGAACUUUGUGUGUAGUGGAUCUGCGGACGCCACCAUUCGGAUGUGGUGGAGAGGAGAGGGAAUUGCACACACUUGUGUGGCAGUGAUGGAGGGUCACAGCGGUCGAGUCAAGUGCAUAAUUGCCGCAAUGCCGGCGGUUUCUCUGGGCAUGUCAUCCAGCUUUUCCUCGUCGUCUUCUUCUUCUUUUUCCUCAUCUUCCUCGUCGGCUUUUGGGACUUGUUGUCAUUGCCCUAAUUAUCAUUUACUGUGUAGUGGAUUUGUUGUGUACAGUGGAAGCGUGGAUAGCACCCUGAAAAUGUGGUGGGUUGGUGAUAAUGAUUGUAAGGUCUGUGCUACUGCUCAAAGUGGCCGGCCGUUUCAAAAUUUCAGUGAAAAGAUUGAUCUGUUCAAACCUCCAGGUGUCGGUCGAUUGCAUUACAAUUCCUGUCGCAGUUUAUGUAAUGUUUGUAGACAUUUCAAUGUGUAUAAUACAUAUAAUAUAUAUGGCCAAUGGAGAAUCUCAUAUUAA